CUAAGAGUGGGAAAACAUUCUAAUAGAAGAUUGUAAUAUUUUGAAUGUUGCAGAGCCAUUGAGUCUAACAAGCCUUUUCUUCCUCCAUAUGUUAUUUGCGGUUACAACAGAAUGAUCAGGCCCUGGUUGUAAUUGGCUGAGGAGUAUUCCUGUCACCCCAGUAUUGUUAUGCCCCUAAUGUGCUGCUACAUCCUACAUAUUUAUCCAUAAAACAUUCUAUGAAGUAAUUAAGAUGAAAUUUACAACUACAUUUCUGCACCUACUUCUGAUUUUUGCCACUGAUGCUGUGUAUGGCAGUCACAACUAUGCUACAGUGGCUACUAAUGGUCAGCCAUUCCCAUGGGCUGAACGCAGACUCCCUGAUAACAUUUUUCCAGUCCAUUAUAAUUUGUUAAUACACCCAAACCUGACAACUCUGAAAUUUACUGGAUCCGUCAAGAUUGAAGUUGAUGUGACCCAUAAUACCAACACGGUGAUCCUGCACAGUAAGCACCUCCAGAUCGUCAAGGCAAGCAUAGAAGAUGAAAUGGAUGACUCUUCACUGGGGGUAGCCUUGCAAGUGCUGGAGUACCCACCACAUGAACAGAUAGCCCUGCUCUCAGCAAAUACAUUACUGGCAGGGAAAAAAUACUUUGUGUACCUCAGUUAUGCUGCCAACUUAUCAGAGGGCUUUCAUGGGUUCUACAAGAGUACAUAUCCUUCAAAAGGUGGGGAAACAAGAAUAUUAGCAUCUACCCACUUUGAGCCCACCUCAGCACGAAUGGCAUUUCCUUGCUUUGAUGAGCCAGCUUUUAAGGCCAACUAUUCAAUAACGAUAAGACGAGGGGCUGAACACAUUGCAUUGUCCAACAUGCCCAAGGUGAAAACAGUACACUUGGGUGAUGGUCUUUAUGAGGACCACUUUGAUAUCAGUGUCAGGAUGAGCACCUACCUUGUUGCAUUUAUUGUUUGUGAUUUUAAAUCCGUAUCAAAGAUGACUUCAACAGGAGUAAAGAUUUCAGUUUAUGCUGUACCUGACAAAUGGAACCAGACCCAUUAUGCUCUUGAAGCGGCAGUGAAACUUCUGGAAUUCUAUGAGAAGUACUUCAAUAUCUACUAUCCACUGCCAAAGCAAGAUCUUGUUGCCAUUCCAGACUUCCAGUUAGGAGCAAUGGAAAACUGGGGCCUAACCACUUAUCGAGAGACUUCCCUACUUUUUGAUCCUCAGACUUCCUCUGUCUCGGAUAAACUGUGGGUCACCUUGGUGAUCGGUCAUGAACUGGCUCAUCAGUGGUUUGGCAACCUGGUCACAAUGGAGUGGUGGAAUGAUAUUUGGUUGAACGAAGGAUUUGCCAGAUACAUGGAAAUUGUUUCAGUUGAAGCCACAUAUCCUGAACUGCAGGCGGAUGACUAUUUGUUGGGCACUUGCUUUGCAGCCAUUGGUAGGGAUUCCAUGAACUCAUCACGUCCUAUUACAACUGCAGCAGAAAGUCCCACAGAGAUCAAUGAGAUGUUUGACACUGUGUCUUAUGAAAAGGGGGCAUGCAUCCUUCACAUGCUAAGGAGCUAUUUGUCCAAGGACGUCUUUCAGAGCGGGAUUGUCCGCUACCUUCGGAAAUACAGCUACAGAAAUGCUAAAAAUGAAGACCUCUGGAACAGCAUGGCUAACACCUGCAGUGAUGAAGAUUUCACCUCAGGAGAAUUCUGCUACAGCAGCAAUCAAGCAUUCAAAAACAGAUAUAAAUAUGGUGGUGAACAUCUAGAUCUAAAAACAAUGAUGAAUACUUGGACCUUGCAGAAGGGAAUUCCUUUGGUCAUUGUUGAUCAACAAGAUAAUAUUGUCAGGAUCAGACAGGAGAGAUUCCUGAGAGGAAUUUUCCCUACUGAUCCAGUGUGGCCAUCUCUUCAGGAAGGGUACCUCUGGCAUAUACCUCUUACAUAUAUUACAAGCAACUCAAGAAACAUUCAAAGACAUUUGCUUGAAACAAAAUCAGGAGUUAUUGAUCUAAGGGGAAAUGUCAGCUGGAUUAAGUUUAAUACAGAUAUGAAUGGAUAUUAUAUUGUCCAUUAUGAGGGAGAUGGAUGGGACAAAAUUAUUAAAUUACUGAAGGAGAACCACACUUUGCUGAGUCAUAAGGACAGAACCCACCUCAUUCAUAAUGCUUUUCAACUGGUCAGUGCUGGAAAACUCUCAUUAGACCGAGCACUAGACCUGCUCCUGUACCUUCGUUUUGAAACUCACAAUGUUCCCCUGCUUCAGGGCCUGGGUUACCUUGAAACCAUUUUUAGAAUGAUAGAAAAGGCAGGCAAUCCUGAUGUUGCACAAAACUUAAAGAAUUACAUACUGAAAUACUUCCAAGAUGUUAUUGACAAGCAGACGUGGAGUGAUGAAGGGUCCAUUUCAGACAGGAGACUUCGAUCUGAAGUCCUCAACUUAGCCUGUGACUUUGACCACCCUAUGAGCGUGAAGAAAGCAAAUGAACUCUUCAAGGAAUGGGUCAGAUCCAAUGGCACUCUCAGUUUGCCCACAGAUGUUAUCAUGAUGGUGUAUUCUGUUGGAGCUAAGAGUGCUGAAGGAUGGGAUUUCCUCCUGGAAAAGUACAAAAUUUCCCUGUCAGGAGCAGAACAAUCAAAAAUCCUAAGCGCUUUAAUAAACACAAAGGAUGUUGACAAGCUCUUGAGAUUGCUACAUAUGGGAAUGAAAGAAGACACAAUCAGAAUGCAAGACCUACCCUCAGCAAUUUACAGUGUGGCAAUAAAUCCAGUUGGCCAUUCCCUGGCAUGGAAUUUUGUAAAGAAAUACUGGAAUGAACUGGUGGAAAAAUUUGAGUUGGGCUCAAAUUCUAUAAGAACCAUCAUUAUAGGAACUACAUCUCACUUUUCAUCUAAAGAAGACCUGAAUGAGGUGAAAAUGUUUUUCGAAUCUAUAAAAGAACACUCUUCCCAACUUAGGGCUACACAGAUGUGCCUGGAGAAUAUUGAGAAAAACAUAAGAUGGCUGGAAAGAAAUCUUGAGACUCUGAAGACCUGGUUGUUAAAGAAUAUUAUGGGUUUUUAAUGGCCUAAAGAAUAGAAAAGAAGAAAUAGGCAGCUAAUGCACACACAUGAAAUCAAUUUGUGCUUUUUGAGAUGUCACCUGGAGGAAGUUUGGGUAAAAAUAUACAAUCUACAGGAUUCAAAAGUGUUUGGAAAGGUUGCAUAAUUCUGUCUAGUGAACUGUUGAUUCCAGCCUACUGAUUUGCUUUUCUUUACAAAACUACAAUUAACUUGACAUAGAUACACCCUGAAAGGUGAAAAAGCAUGCUUUCUUGUGAGACUUGAGUGUUUGACUUUGUAUAGUUUACCUCUAUUUAAUGGGGUACAUCAUGGUGUUAAAUGUAGGAACUCUUUGUGCUCAAGCAAAAUAUUUUUUUUAAAGUGGAGUUUGGGUAAUUGUGAACUUGUAAUGUUUAAUCAGGGAGUGCAGAUUUUUGAAAGACAACCUUGCUGUUCUUCAUUUUGAAUUUGUACAUAAUUGUAGCUGGUUUGGUAUAAUUGGAGUCAACUAAAAUGAAAUACACUGU